UUCUAAAUGCAGACCUUGUGCAUCUCCUUCAAAUGGGACGACCACUUCUCUCCCUCUCAGUCCUUCUCCUCCUGGUCCUCUCCGCCUAUGCCCACGGUGGUCACCACCACCAUGACGACAACUCCGGCGUUUCGUCUGAUGAGCCCCCAGCAAAACCAGAGCUGAGAUCAAAAACCCUGAUUUUCGUGAAGAUAUUCUGUUUGAUUCUCGAGUUCGUUGUAACAUUCGUGGCCGGGAUAUCUCCUUACUUCAUGAAGUGGAACCAAGGCUUCCUCGUAUUAGGCACGCAGUUUGCCGGCGGCGUGUUCUUGGGGACUGCUUUGAUGCACUUCCUCAGUGAAUCCGAUGGGACCGUUAAGGAUCUCGCUCCUACUAAGGAUUACCCCUUCGCCUUCAUGUUGUGCUGCCUCGGCUAUUUGCUUACCAUGCUCGCUGAUUGCGUCAUUUCUCAUGUUUUUGCCAAACAGGGGAGCUCGAGCCGCGGUUAUGUUUACCAAUUUUACUUUAUGGGUGAUUCAGUUAGUAAAAAACAGCUCCAAUGGCGGGGCCUCACGGUUUCAGGUAAUAAAGGGAAACAGAAGGUUGACGAGGCCGGGGUUGCCCAAUCGGCGAAAGGGCCGCCGCCUCCAGCGGCGGUGGUGGCCAGCUCGAUAGGGGACAGCGUAUUGUUGAUAGUGGCAUUGUGCUUCCAUUCGGUGUUCGAAGGCAUCGCAAUCGGAGUUGCAGAGACAACAGGGGAAGCCUGGAGAGCACUCUGGACUAUAAGCCUUCACAAGGUGUUUGCUGCUAUUGCCAUGGGAAUAGCGCUGCUCCAGAUGAUACCCAAUCGCCCUAUCCUUUCCUGUGCGGCAUACACUUUAGCAUUCGCGAUAUCAACCCCAAUCGGGGUGGUCAUUGGGAUCGUGAUCGAUUCCACUACUCAGGGCGUAGUAGCUGAUUGGAUCUAUGCCAUCUCUAUGGGAUUCGCUUGUGGUGUCUUCAUCUACGUCUCCAUUAACCAUCUUCUCUCCAAGGGUUACUCCCCUCCCACACCGGAUCCGGUGGACACGCCUCAUAUCAAGUUCCUCGCCGUGCUAUUGGGUGUCGCAGUAAUUGCGGUUGUCAUGAUCUGGGAUUAG